UUACUAUGCCAAAUAAGGUGUGUGGCUUUAAUUUAUUCAUUCAUUUGUUUCUCCAGCGGCUCGCUUUCUAAAACAAAAUAUCAAAAUCGCGUCAGAUCAUAUUAAUAUUACAUAUAUUAUAUUACAGUAAUACAUUGAAUUAUCAAAUUCGUUUUACCCAUACUUUUGUUACCUCUUUCCGUGUAAUAAAAUAAGUGAUUUCAUCUUAUCGACUUCAUUGUAACAGAGUGCCGACCCAGUGAGUUAUUGAAUUUCUCCAAAGGGCGGUCACUCUUAACAGUGUAUAUUGCGUGUACAACCGCCCUAAAUUCCUCAUGCAAACAUGGUUGGUGGUUUGUUUACAUUUCUUCAAGACUGGAUAAUUGUUUAUUUAACUCAUUUAUUAAAGCAUCAAUAACCCAGCGUCUGUUCACCAACAAUGACCUUGGAACGCAACCUGGCUCUGCCAGCUGAGGUCGUCUCUCGCAGAAUGGCGACGUCUCGCCCGGCAUCGGCGGUCGUGGACAUCCCCAAGAAGGACGAGCCCAUGUACAGCAGACAUAGUCCCAGUAACGUACAUAUCCUGAUGACCAGUAGCUCAGAUCUCGAGUUCUCAAACAGUAUGCUCCGUCUGGACCAUGACAUCGACCAACUCAGCCUGACAGAGCAUUCCAACUCCUCGAGUUCUGAUGUAUCCCCCACUGCCCACUCAGCGCCAGUAACACCAUGCCAUCAGCGCCACAUCGGUAGCGUAGAUUACACGGCGCCGCAGGGAGGGUUCUUCGAGGGACUGCUGGGAUGUCUACGGCCCGUUUGGACAAUGAUUGGAAAGGCAGCCGUGGCGGAAAUGAAGAAAGACAGUUCAGACGACUGGGAAAUUCCAUUCGAGAACAUAACCGACCUCCAGUGGUUGGGUAGCGGGGCCCAGGGGGCGGUGUUUCUUGGGAAACUUAACGGGGAGGAAGUUGCUGUGAAGAAAGUGAGGGACGUCAAGGAGACGGAUAUUAAAAACUUGCGGAAACUGAAUCACCCGAAUAUCAUCCCUUUCAAGGGUGUGUGUACGCAGGCACCCUGCUACUGUAUCAUCAUGGAAUACUGUCCGUACGGACAACUCUACGAGAUCCUACGGGACGGAAAGGAACUUCCGGUAUCGCUCGUUCUCGAUUGGUCGAAGCAGAUUGCGAGCGGGAUGAACUAUCUGCACUGCCACAAGAUCAUUCAUAGAGACCUGAAGUCACCAAAUGUAUUGAUAGGAAAGAAUGAUAUAGUGAAGAUCUCAGAUUUCGGGACAAGUAAAACAUGGAACGAGAAGUCGACAAAGAUGUCGUUUGCCGGAACUGUUGCGUGGAUGGCCCCUGAAGUAAUUCGCAAUGAACUCUGUUCCGAGAAGGUCGAUAUCUGGUCAUUUGGGAUCGUCCUGUGGGAGUUACUGACAGGGGAGAUCCCCUACAAGGAUGUGGAUUCCUCUGCCAUUAUUUGGGGAGUAGGAAGGAACAGCCUCCACUUGCCCAUACCUACAACCAUUCCAGAGGGCUUUAAACUCCUUAUGCGACAGUGCUGGAGUGCCAAGUCCCGUAAUCGCCCUUCAUUCCGGCAGAUCCUCAUGCAUCUUGAGAUAGCCUCCCCUGAAUUGCUCAACUUUGACCAAGACGACUUCAUCAAGUCACAGAUCAAGUGGCGUCUGGAGAUCAGUGAGGCGCUGGAGAAGAUCCACAGUGAGGGCUCACACCUGGCACAGAAUGAGGAGGAGCUGGUGAAACGCAGGCUACAAGAACUCAGACACGCCCAGGAUGUUCGUGAACACUACGAGCGUAAGUUGGAGCGGGCAAACAACCUCUACAUGGAACUGACGGCGUGUAUGCUGCAGCUGGAAAAACGGGAACGAGAACUUAUCAAGCGAGAGCAGCAGCUAGCAAUGUACACCAAGAAGAGAAAGAGCAUCCUCCGUCCUGUCAUACGGCAGGAAGUACGCCUCGACAGACUGACCAAGAAAAGACCCUACAAGUCUGGCUCUGAACCCACAAGCCCAGAAAAGCGUACCGAAACUUUAGCAAAGUCCGAGCUCCCGCCCACCCCUAGCCCGACUCACAUUCACCCCUCGCCGAGCAAGAUGCGCUUUCGCAAGAAAACCCAUCGCCGUAGCAGCAGCAAGGGCGCCAUUUCUACCUCCGUCACAAGUCCUGCAAAGAGUCCCACAAAGGAUGCUCUUCAUGACGAACUUCAGUUGAACGCAGUCCAGUUGCGUCACGUUGAUCGUUCAAAGGUCUCCUCAUCCACUUUUAACUUCCUUGGGCCAGCAACGGCAUUGAGAGAGCUGGGAAGUCCCACAGAACAGGGGCAUAGACAUUUUGGCGAGUUCGAUUGUAGUGUUGUCGAUAGUAGCUGUGAUAGGAAUUUGAAUGACGUUUGUUUUGGGUGUGAGGGCCAGGGCCAGUGUUCGGACAUGGUUUGUUCUAGUAAGGAAACGACGCCGUCGAGAGAAAGUGUAGGUGAUGUUGGAAGCGUCUCGUGUGAGUCAUUGCAUUACGACACCACCCCAAGCCCUUCUAGUCGCGUCGUGAACAUUGUUGAAUUUCAGAACUAUAAGAAUAAAAACGAUGACCAAUCAAAACUUCUUACCAAUUCUACUUCCAACAUGACUGAUAAACUGGCCAUAAGUGAAAUGGACUCGAACGAUAAUCUGAAAUCGUCAUGUGUGACUCUCAGUGAUAAUGAUGUUCCAAUUAUAGAAGUGUCCAAGGGAGAUAAUUCUGUUGUGGAUUAUCAUGUGAAAAGAAAUAUAUCCGAUGUUGAGUACUCUCCCUCUUCCCCUCCAUCGCCCUUGAGGCUCGAUUCCCUGGAGGAGGAUAAUUUUGUUGGGCAGCCUCGAAACUCGGUUCAGUUUAGACGUUCCAAGCAUUCGGACGACUCCUGGUCUGAGGAAGGCGAGGUGAGUUCCGACGAGGGGUGUCGGCGUAGUCUGCCGAGAAGCCGCCAAUCGUUCUACUCCGCCAGCUCCGAGGGGAAUAUUUCUGAGGAGGAAAAUACCAGCGAGGCAUCGAACGCACCUGAGGGUCUCAUGUCGACGAAUAGCUCGGAAAAUCUUGAAAUGGCGUUGGCAAAUUGCCAUCAAGAUGGCCUGAACAGCGACUCUGAGUCGAAAUUUCAGAGAUUGAAACAGCGUGCCUCCCCACAGAGGUCUUUUGAGGUCCACCAUGGUUACACGAGUUCUGACUCUGACCAAUGUUCUGAUGUGACGGUACACACUGCGAUCCACAGGAAACGUUCUAUAGACAACAGGCUCGUCACCUCGUCAAAUAAAAAAUGAUUUUUUAUAGACAACAGAAUUGUCAAGUGGUUCACUUUAACAAUUGUAACCCAUUUUACCUUGACAAAGGUCAAAGGGAUUUACCUUUUCAAUGUUCAAUAGUGUCACGUUUUCAAGGGUUACAUGGGGCACCUUAACAAGUGUAACUGAAGGUGAACAUGACAAAGGUAAAAAAGGCUCACCUUGUCCUUGACCUUGACAAUAUGUGACCUUCUCAAAGGUCAAAUAGAUUGACUCAGUUGACAUUUGGAUAUCUUAGCGGAGGUCGCCUAGUCAAGGGUCUAAUGUCAAAUAGGGUCACCGUGGCAGCGAUAUUCCUGGCAACCAUUCCAUGACAACUUCAAGCGGUCCAGAAUCCUUUAAUUUGUUUAUGUUGUCCAUAAUUUGGGUAUAAUUGUUUUCAUUAAUGAGAGUAUUUGUCUCAGAACUGAUACUAGUACUGUUGAUUACUUUAUAGUCGAUGAAAUGAUUAUAUGUUAUGUAUAAUAUAAUAUUGUUAUGUUUUUUAAUGUUUUAAGAAGUAAAAAAAAAACAUCACUUAAAUGUUUUGAAACUCAAUUUGGUGUUUUUAGACAUGGUCAUGUAAAAAAUAUAAAGUUGGAAUAUGACUUUGAAGGCAGGUUGUUAUUUAUUUGGUAUGUUUUUUUUUGUUGACUUUGUCAGCUUUAAAGAAGGAUAUUGUCGCAUUUUGAAAUGAAAAAAUUAAAGGGAGAAAUAUGGCAGUAUUUUGUUAAUAUCUUUACUGGAAAUCUGUAUUAAUGGAAAUUGUGGAAAUUAGUCCAUUGUGUUAUGUGUGCAUUAUACAAAUUUACAAUAAUUUUUAUGCUUGUGUAUACAUAUUAAGAGUGAAAUACUAAUGACAAGAUUUCAGCUGAUUAUAAAAAAAUACUUCUAUUAGUUUGAGCUAUUUGAUCUUAUCUAUUCAUCGCAUAGCUCAAGCUUCAUACUAUACUACUCACCAGUUGAUAUAUGACAGCAAAAUGCACUACCUAUUAAGCAAAAAUAAUGCUCCUUUAUACUUCAAAUUCAGGGUAAGGUUUAAUGGUAUUAUAUUUAUAACCCAUAUUGUUCUUAGAAAAUGCAUGUUUAAGUUCAUGUAUACGGUGUUUUCUACAAACUUCGAUUCAAACUUCAAGUAUGUGUUUAGGUUGAUUAAUUUAUGGAAUUGACAUAAAAUGUAAAUUAUUAUAUCAAUUGGAAGAAUUUUCUAGCGCUAUGUAUUGGAAAAGAAAAUACUGGUAUUCAUUGUUUUGAAGGAUUGUUUGACUGAUAUGUAUUUAAAGUUACAAUAAUUUGUCUCGGUUAAUUUAAUUCAUAUUGAAUUAUUGUACAAAGUGGACCAUUUUUGUACAGAAAUAAUGCGAAUUUGGGCUUAGCAUUGCGGUCUUGUUUUUUGUCUUCUAUUAUAGACAAUUUUGUUUGAAAUAAAAUUAGUUAAUAAUUUAAAUUUUUUGUUUUUGUUUGAUAGCUUUUUUGAAUGCUGAACAAUUGCACAAAAACAUCUAUUGGCAAACAUGAUUUAGUGUUAUUUAUUGCAUUUGGAUGAUUUUAUUUCCAAUUGAAAUGGUAAAUGCUAUUUAUACGUAAUAGGGCCCGAAACUUUAUGGUUGUGUAAAAAUUAUUUCCAGUGAGAUAUAAUAUAUGUUGAAAACAAAUUGUUAAUUAAUGUUGUUAGAUAUGUAUCAUGUUACAAACUUAUAUAUAUUAUAUGAUGAUCUUUACAGUAAUAUGUUAUUUUAAAUUAUAAUAGCAAAAAACAAUAGAUUAAUGAUUGAAUAUAAAAAAUAUACAUAGACUAUAGUUGGUUUGUUUGAUUCAAUCUGUAUCAUUAAACUUUGUUUUAAUGCAAUAAAUAACAAGCAUUUUAUUAAAUUCAUUAUGUCUGUUAUCUUGAAAUAGCAUACAUGUGUUAAUCCUUUACCACGUAGAUACGUAUUUAACCCUUUACCACUAAGUUACGUAUUUUACCCUUUACCACUAAGUUACGUAUUUAACCCUUUACCACUUAGAUACAUGUACGUAUUUAAAGAAUACAUUGAUGUACCUUCACAGAUUGUAAUGGUACACAACAAUAAUUUUUCUUUUUGCAUGAAUAUUGUGUUAUUUCAUUAAGCAGUUGUUCUUUUUAUGUUCCAUUUGUUUACAUAGUGUAAAGUGUAAGAGCAUAAGGUAUGCUGGAUUUUACAGAUUUUAAUGUGCUUUUGAUGAAAAAAACUUUCCAUAAGUAAUUGUACCAGUUAUUAUUGAAAGAGCUCUGUGCUAAACUUGUACUUUAUCUCAUGUAAAAACGAGGUAAAACAAACAAAUUCGUUGAAUUAAUAUCCCCAGCCAAUUUCACAAUUUUGUGACAGACCUACAGAGAGAAUGACCGACAGACGGAUGGAAUGACGGACAACGCCAAUUCUAUAUCCCUCCCCCUUUGGAGGGGAAUAACAAUAUUGCCAGAACAAUGGUUUUAUUCUGUAUAGAGUAAUUGAAAUGUUGAAUAGAGUCUUGCUUAAACAAACUUUCAAUAUACUUACUUCUUUAUUAUAAGGAACAUUUGAGCUAACAUAUGAGCUUGGCUGUGGGAAAACGGGGCUUAAUGCAUUAGCCUAAAUUGUCCUCCCAGAUAAGUCUAUGUGUUCCAAAUAUGUUAAUCAGGGACAUUUUCUGGCUUGUAUGGAAUUUCUUUUUUAGAUAGUUCUACCGGUAAACGAAAAUCAAAUCUAGGCAGGUAGCUGAGGGUAAUCUGGGAUGACAUCUAGGCGGGUAGCUGAGGGUAAUCUGGGAUGACAUCUAGGCGGGUAGCUGAGGGUAAUCUGGGAUGACAUCUAGGCGGGUAGCUGAGGGUAAUCUGGAAUGAUAUCUAGGCGGGUAGCUGAGGGUAAUCUGGGAUUACAUCUAGGCGGGUAGCUGAGGGUAAUCUGGGAUGACAUCUAGGCGGGUAGCUGAGGAUAAUCUGGGAUUACAUCUAGGCGGGUAGC